AUGGUCUCCGCUCAAGGCAUCCAAUCGGCCAAGCAGACUUACAUGCAAAACAGCAAAACCACAUGCGGAAUUCCUGCGAAGCUACUUCGCCACGAUGCCAAUGCAGGACGCGUGAGGAGGCUAUUCAUGAAGCCCGGUAGGAAUCGCGUCCAAGUCCGCCGCAUCAAAAGACCAAUAGAGCAAGCCCAAUCCUGUCGCCUGGCGCCCGUUUUCCGGAUCAUCGGCGGCCACAACUUCAUGAGGCAUGACGAGAUGUGUGACCGGUUUGUCUUCCAGGGACAUUCACACAUGUUGUCAGUGUCAGUAACGAACGGUAGCAGUCACACCGCCCGCCGAUCCGAUCAGACUCUGGGCCUUUUUCGCCAUGGUACGAUCCAAGCUACGCAGUACUCAGUUGCGCAGGUUGCCGUCCCGGGACCGGGGCCUGGUGGUCAUGGAACGUCAAAGAUGACAGUGGCAUACUUCUAG